CAGCUUGACCUGCUGCAGUGCAGCCCUUGGGACUUCCCUCGCCUUCCACCUCCUGCUCAUCUGCUUCACAAGCUAUCGCUAUGGUGCUCGUGCGCAGGCCGUGGCCCGCCUUGGCCACAGUGAUUCUGGCCCUGCUCGUCUGCCUGGGGGCUCUGGUCGACGCCUACCCCAUCAAACCCGAGGCUCCUGGAGAAGACGCCUCCCCGGAGGAGCUGAGCCGCUACUACGCCUCCCUGCGCCACUACCUCAACCUGGUCACCCGGCAGCGGUACGGGAAAAGAGACGGCCCGGACGCGCUCCCUUCCAAAAUGUUCUUCCCCGACGGCGAGAACCGCCUCAUCAGGUCGCGGUCGGAGGUCCCAGACCUGUGGUGAGGACCCCUGAGGCCUCCUGGGAGAUCUGCCAACCACGCCCAUCUCAUUUGCAUACGCACUCCAGACCCCAGAAACCCGGAUUCUGCCUCCCGACGGCGGCCUGUGGGCACGGUUCGGGUGCGGCCCUCCGCCCGCAUCUCGGUGCCCCCGCCCCCUGGGCUGGAGGGCUGUGUGUGGUCCUUCCCUGGUCCCCAAAUAAAGAGCAAAU